AUGAGUGUCCAAAGUAGUGGAAGUUUGGAGGGGCCGCCAUCUUGGUCCCAGCUCUCCACGUCCUCAACACGGACCUUGUUACCUUUAAAACAAUUGCAUGCAUGCCGUCGACUAGUAUUAAAGAGUAGGAAAGGCGCCAUGGAGGAGCUGCACAGCCUGGAUCCCCGCAGACAGGAGCUGCUGGAGGCUCGUUUCAUGGGCGGGGUCAGCGGCAGCACUGGUGGCAGCACUGGUAGCACAAGCGGAGGAACCAAAGGUUUGACCAAUAACGAAUGUUCAAACCACAGUUUUGGAAGCAUGGGAUCUUCAAGCGACAAGGAAUCUGAGGGUUCAGAUGUGAAAAGAGGCGGUUCGCCAGCUUACUCGACUCCAGAGAAGAAACAGUCCGAAACACCUAGAGGAAGAAAAAGAAAACCUGACAUUCAGUCAGAGAGUAGCCAAGGGAAAACAACUGUGCGAGGCCCUAAAAUAAGUGAUUAUUUUGACUUCCAGGGAGGGAAUGGGUCCAGUCCAGUGAGAGGCCUCCCUCCAGUGAUUCGUUCCCCUCAGAAUUCUCACUCUCACUCCGCUCAGGGCACUGCUGGUAGACAAAAUAGCUCAUCUCCCACCAGUCUGUCCUUUGGUGACCACAUGGUACAUCCAAAACAACUGGUGGCUAAAUUUGUCCAGACUGACCUCACAGUGUUGAAGCUGGCUGCCCUUGAAAGCACUAAGAAUCUAGACCUUGAGAAGAAGGAGGGGAGAAUAGAUGAUUUGUUACGGGCCAACUGUGAUCUCAGGAGACAGAUAGACGAACAACAAAAAUUACUUGAAAAAUACAAAGAACGCUUGAAUAAAUGCAUAACCAUGAGCAAGAAACUACUCAUAGAAAAGAGCAACCAAGAGAAGCAAGCCUGUCGUGAGAAAAGCAUGCAGGAUCGACUCCGUUUGGGCCAUUUCACCACAGUGAGACAUGGAGCAUCAUUCACUGAGCAGUGGACAGAUGGCUAUGCCUUCCAGAACCUCGUCAAACAGCAGGAAUCGAUCAACCAACAAAGGGAGGACAUCGAGAGGCAAAGAAAACUACUAGCCAAGAGGAAACCACCGUCAACCAACAACUCACAAGCACCUUCCACAAACUCUGAGCCAAAGCAACGCAAAACCAAGGCAGUAAAUGGAGCGGAAAGUGAUCCUUUCUUGAAACCCAGCCUACCACAGCUGCUAACGCUAGCUGAGUACCACGAACAGGAGGAGAUCUUCAAACUACGGCUUGGACAUCUCAAGAAGGAAGAAGCUGAGAUCCAGGCGGAGCUGGAGCGCCUGGAGAGAGUGCGCAACCUUCACAUUCGGGAACUGAAGAGAAUAAAUAAUGAAGAUAGCUCACAAUUUAAAGAUCACCCUACGUUGAAUGAACGAUAUCUGCUUUUGCACCUUCUCGGGAGAGGGGGAUUUAGUGAAGUUUAUAAGGCUUUUGACCUAAUUGAGCAAAGAUAUGCCGCUGUAAAAAUCCACCAACUCAACAAAAACUGGAGGGAUGAGAAAAAGGAAAAUUACCACAAGCAUGCGUGUCGAGAGUACAGAAUACACAAGGAGCUGGACCAUCCCAGAAUCGUGAAACUUUAUGACUACUUCUCACUGGACACAGACACGUUUUGCACUGUUAUGGAGUACUGCGAUGGCAACGACUUAGAUUUCUACUUGAAACAGCACAAGCUCAUGUCGGAGAAGGAGGCUCGGUCAAUAGUCAUGCAGAUAGUGAACGCAUUAAAGUACCUAAAUGACAUCAAACCCCCUAUCAUCCACUAUGACCUUAAACCAGGUAACAUCUUGUUGGUGGACGGGACCGCCUGUGGGGAAAUCAAAAUUACUGACUUUGGUUUGUCCAAAAUCAUGGACGAUGACAACUACGGUGUUGACGGGAUGGACCUGACGUCGCAGGGCGCGGGGACAUAUUGGUACUUGCCUCCUGAAUGUUUUGUGGUUGGGAAAGAGCCUCCAAAGAUAUCCAACAAGGUGGAUGUGUGGUCUGUUGGUGUCAUCUUUUUCCAGUGUCUGUAUGGAAGGAAGCCAUUUGGUCACAAUCAGUCACAACAGGACAUUCUUCAGGAAAACACCAUCCUCAAAGCUACCGACGUCCAGUUCCCCGUGAAGCCUGUUUCCAGUAAUGAAGCUAAGGCCUUUAUAAGGCGCUGCCUGGCGUACAGGAAGGAGGACCGGAUUGGCGUUCAGCAGAUGGGAAGUGACCCCUACCUGCUCCCUCACAUACGAAGGUCUAGCUCCUCUGGGAAUCUUCAGAUGAAUGCAGCUGGCUCAGGACCAGCCUCCUCCAGCAUCAUCUCAUACUGA